AUGUUGACUGUGAAUUCUAAAAGUCAUACAACAUUCUUCAGUACUCAAUAAUCUAUUGUAGAAGUUAAUGGAUAAAAUAUAUUAUUAUGGGAUUAAAUGUUUGGUAAUUUAUAAAGCACUCUAAGAUAAAAAAAUUAGGGUAACAAAUAAUAAAAAAAUACUCAUGAUCCAAUUUUCUAUUAGUCUCCAUUGAAUUAGCCUAAUCCUUUUUAAUUCAAUGAAAAACUUAAAUUAGGAUUUAGUUAAUAUUUGAAUGGAGAGUUAUCUGCUUUAAAUUUAGUAAAUGAAUGUAAUCAUUUAAAUAGAAAGGAAACGAAACUUAAAAAUAAAAUUAAAUUAGUAAAACGAGCUAAUAUGUUUGCUAAUUAAUUAUAAAUAACAAACAAAUAUAGAUCUUUACAUCAAUAAGGUUUGACUGAUUAGGAGAUUGAAAAAAAAGUCAAAGUGUUAUAAAGAUUUGAUAAAAUAAAGAAAUUAAUUUAAAAAAAUUAAGAAACAAAACAAACAGAAGAUACUAAUCUUAAAGAUGUAUAACUUUUUAGAUAACUUUAUGAGGUUAGUGAAUAAAAUAAAAGUAAAUUUAAAUAGAAGAAUCUAAUUACAGAAAGAACAGAUGGAUAACGAGAAUAUGAAAAUGUAAAUUAUUUUACAAAUAGAUAUUUGAGAGUAAAGAGAUUUGAUGAAAAAUAAAAGAAGUAGAAAGAUAGUAAAGAUUAAGAUUUAUUUAUAAAAUAGAAGGUAAGAGAUGUUAUAGAAGAGAAAUUAAGAGGUUUUAUUAAUGAAAGAGAGUAAGAGUAAUAGUCAAUUUUGGAUAAAGCAAAAAGAAGGAUGUAAAUGAAAAAUACAUUAUUUAAAGAGUAUGAAAAAGAUAAAUAUAUAUUGAAUGAUCCAUUAAAUAAAGAUGUUAAAUUUUAUGCAUAUUUAUAUGUAAAACCAUAAGAUAAUGUGAAAAUAAAUGAGAUCAAUUAAAAAACACUACUAGUAUCUAAAAGUGUUAAAUAAUCUAAACAUUAUUUAAAAAACUUUAAAAAAUAAUUAACAUCUCGUAAAGUGAGUAUGACAAAUGAUUCUUCCCUUAAUUCAAUUUUAGAAAUUAAUAUAGAUAAUUUGUAUAAAACAAGUAAUUAAAUUCAAUCUUAGAUUUUAUAAAAUGAUUAAGAAAAAUUCGUGAAAAGAAUCAAACAAUUAUAAAAAGUGCAAUUCCUAAAUAAAGAAAUUCUAAAGAUGAAUCGAAUAAAACUUUCUUGUGAACGUAAAUAAGUUUUAUUUUGA